UGAGCAACCACCCGCAUCCUUUAAUCCGCCAUUAUUGAUUACACCACAAAAUAAGUUUUUUAAUGUCAAAAACCCUCUUUCUUACAACUCAUUCCUCCUUCCUUCUGUCGGAAAAAAGUUCUCCAGAAACCGUAUUUAAUUCUGCUGACAUUUCAUUUCGAUUCGAUUCCGUUCUCCAAAAGAGUCAACACCCAGUAGAAAUCCUUCCUAAUUUCUUGUAAAUUUUUGUUCCCUUUCAAGAAUAUCUUCUUUGACCUAUGAUUUUUACCCCACCAUUCGCCAAUCUUUUUCUUGCUGGUGUCAAAUGAGCAAGAAAGGCUUUUUUUCUCGUGUUGGUGUUACUUUUGUGUCAUAGUUCAAUUGAUUAGCUUUAAUUACUUGGCGCUUUACACAUCUAGUGGGGGGUUUUCUUAUUUUUAAGAACCGAUAAACUACAAGUGGAGAUGGUGGAUCUUCAUUCUGCAUAUUUGUUGUUGUAAUUUGGAGAUUUUAUUUGCAUAUGGUUGAUUUCGAUCUGCUUAAGCACAAGUGAGAUGUUGAGAAGUUGAUGUUUAGAUCAUGGCUUCCAAUCGACCACUUCCGGGUCCUUUCUUUCGAAGUCCAAUAUCUGCUGGGCCUGAUCUUUCAUCACCUACAUCCAGUAAGAACUCGGAUGGUUCUCAGAUUGUAAAUCUUCACCCACAACAACGACCAGAUACCUUGCAAAAUUCGACUUCUCAGCAAAGCAUUUCGUCGAACAGCUGGAGGGCGAACUCGGUCAAUUUCGGAUCAAAGGGUGUGCACUAUGGAUCUCGAGGUGGUGCUGGGUCAGAAGGGUUUAGCAUGUCCAUGUCCCGGAGAGAGAUCAACGACGAGGAUGCGAGGUUGGUCUAUGUAAAUGAUCCAUUAAAGACGAAUGAACGGUUUGAAUUUGCUGGCAAUUCUAUUAGAACCGGCAAGUAUUCUGUUUUAACAUUCUUGCCUAGGAAUCUCUUUGAACAAUUCCACAGAGUUGCCUACAUGUAUUUCCUGGUCAUUGCCAUUCUCAAUCAGCUUCCCCAGCUUGCAGUUUUUGGGCGUGGUGCCUCCAUUUUGCCAUUGGCAAGUGUAUUAUUAGUUACAGCAGUUAAAGAUGCUUAUGAGGAUUGGAGACGCCAUAGGUCAGACAGAAUCGAAAACAACCGAAUGUCAUCUGUUCUGAUGAACGAUCGAUUUCAAGAGAAGAAAUGGAAAGAUAUUCAAGUUGGUGAGGUCAUUAAAAUUUUAGCUAACGAAACUAUGCCUUGUGAUAUUGUGCUGCUUUCGACUAGUGACCCAACUGGGGUUGCUUAUGUCCAGACUAUUAAUUUGGAUGGUGAAUCAAAUCUGAAGACACGGUAUGCAAAACAAGAAACCCUUCCAAGAAUUCCUGAGAAGGAUAUGAUUAGUGGGUUGAUCAAUUGUGAGAAGCCCAAUCGCAAUAUAUAUGGUUUCCAAGCUAACAUGGAGAUUGAUGGGAAGCGGGUGUCUCUGGGCCCUUCCAAUAUAGUUCUUCGAGGCUGUGUGCUCAAGAACACUGAUUGGGCAGUAGGAGUUGCAGUGUAUGCUGGAAGGGAGACCAAAGCUAUGCUCAACAACUCUGGUGCCCCAUCUAAAAGGAGCCGUCUUGAGACGCACAUGAAUAGGGAAAUUAUCUUGCUAUCCUCUUUCCUUGUUGUUCUAUGCACAAUUGUUUCUGCUUGUGCUGGUGUUUGGUUGAGGCGCCAUCGAGACGAGCUUGAUAUUAUGCCCUUUUAUAGAAGAAAGGAUUACUCCAAGCAAGAAGUAGAGAAUUACAAAUAUUAUGGGUGGGGAAUGGAGAUAUUCUUUUCGUUUUUGAUGUCAGUGAUUGUGUUUCAGAUUAUGAUACCCAUUUCGCUGUACAUAUCCAUGGAGCUUGUGCGAGUUGGUCAAGCUUACUUCAUGAUCCGAGAUGACAAGAUGUUUGAUGCAACAUCAAACACUAGAUUCCAGUGCCGCGCUUUAAAUAUAAAUGAGGAUUUAGGACAAAUAAAGUAUAUAUUCUCUGACAAAACUGGUACAUUGACUGAAAACAAGAUGGAAUUCCAAUUUGCCAGCAUUUCAGGUGUAAAUUACAGUGGGGAGAAAACUGAAUUUUUAGGUGAAGAAGGGGGAUACAGCAUUCAAGUGGAGGGGCAGGUAUGGAGGCCAAAGAUGAAGGUACAGGUUGACCGGGAGCUUCUUCAACUAUCACAAACUCGAAAUGACACAAAGUCCAAAGAGAUAUAUGAUUUCUUCCUUGCAUUGGCUGCUUGCAACACAAUUGUGCCUAUUGUUGUCAACACAUCUGAUCCCACUGAGAAGUUGAUAGAUUAUCAAGGGGAAUCUCCAGAUGAACAAGCACUUGUCUAUGCAGCUGCUGCUUAUGGUUUUAUGCUCAUUGAACGAACCUCUGGCCACAUAGUUAUUGAUAUACAAGGAGAAAGACAGAGAUUUAAUGUUCUUGGAAUGCAUGAGUUUGAUAGUGACCGAAAAAGGAUGUCUGUUAUACUAGGAUACCCUGACAGCACAGUAAAAGUGUUUGUUAAAGGUGCCGACACCACCAUGUUUAAGAUAAUAGAUAAAUCCUUGAACUUGGAUGUGGUAAAAGCAACUGAGACCCAUCUUCAUUCGUAUUCUUCCAUUGGUUUGAGGACCCUCGUCGUGGGAAUGCGUGGACUGAGUAUAUCUGAAUUCGAACAAUGGCAAUCUUCUUAUGAGAUUGCAAGCACUGCUUUGAUGGGUAGGGCAGGAUUGCUUCGAAAGGUUGCCAUCAAUUUAGAGAACAAUCUCAGCUUAUUGGGUGCUUCUGCGAUUGAAGAUAGAUUGCAAAAAGGUGUUCCUGAAGCUAUCGAGUCUCUGCGAACGGCCAGCAUUAAAGUGUGGGUUUUGACCGGUGACAAGCAAGAAACGGCAAUUUCGAUUGGCUACUCUUCUAAGCUCUUAACAAGCAAGAUGGUCCAGAUUAUUAUCAACAACAACUCUAAAGUGUCAUGUAGAAAGAGUUUGGAAGAUGCAUUAAUUACGUCUAGAAAACUCAUCAAUGUUACUCGUGCUUCCGAUGAUGAUGCAAGUUCCGUUGCCCUAAUCAUUGACGGAACAAGCCUUGUUUAUAUCCUUGACUCAGAACUCGAAGAGCAGCUGUUCGAGCUAGCCAGUAAAUGUGCUGUGGUACUAUGUUGUCGAGUGGCCCCACUACAGAAAGCUGGGAUCGUGGCGCUGAUUAAGAAUAGGACAAGGGACAUGACCCUUGCCAUUGGGGAUGGUGCCAAUGAUGUUUCGAUGAUCCAAAUGGCUGAUGUAGGAGUUGGCCUCAGUGGCCAAGAGGGUCGGCAAGCUGUGAUGGCAUCAGAUUUUGCAAUGGGCCAGUUCAGGUUCUUGGUUCCGCUUUUGUUGGUCCAUGGUCAUUGGAAUUACCAGCGGAUGGGCUAUAUGAUUCUCUAUAAUUUCUACAGGAAUGCACUGUUUGUCCUCGUUUUAUUCUGGUAUGUGCUCUUUACAGGCUUCACUUUAACCACAGCUAUUACCGAAUGGAGCAGUGUCUUAUAUUCCAUAAUCUACACUGCAAUACCUACGAUUGUUAUUGGGAUUCUCGACAAAGAUCUAAGUAGAAGGUCUCUUAUGACAUAUCCUCAGCUUUACGGAGCUGGACAGAGACAAGAAAGCUAUAAUGCAAAACUCUUUUGGCUUACAAUGGCGGACAUGUUGUGGCAGAGUGUCGUUGCCUUCUUCAUUCCCCUAUUUGCAUACUGGAAAAGCGAAAUUGAUAGUUCGAGCAUAGGAGAUUUGUGGACGUUGGCAGUUGUGUUUAUGGUGAAUAUACACUUAGCUAUGGAUGUUAUAAGGUGGACCUGGAUCAGUCAUGCGUCAAUUUGGGGGUCAAUUAUUGCUACAUGCAUUUGUGUUAUCGUCAUAGAUGCUGUUCCCGUGUUGCCUGGCUACUGGGCGAUCUUUAAUCUAGCAAGCAGCGGAUUGUUUUGGAUUUGCCUUCUUGGGAUUCUUGUAACGGCCAUGAUUCCUCGGUUCGUUAUAAAAAUGUUUAUGCAACACUGUAAACCUUGCGAUAUUCAAAUCGCAAGAGAAGCAGAGAAGUUUUCGAAUAGAAUGGAGUCAACAAGAAAUGGAGAAAUAGAAAUGAACCCACCUCAGAGAUGACAGCUUCCUUUCAUAUCACAUCAUAUUCUUUUUUUUUUUUUGCUUUUCAUUUAUGAAAAUUCUCUCAUAUUCUUGAGGUUGAUGGAGCAAUUCUCCAUUGUUGUGUAGUUUAAUGUUCAUUGAUAAGAGUAUGCAAUGAUUCUAGACUUGUAUGCUACUCUGAUAAUUUUAUUUUGCCACAAAGAUAAAGAGAGUAAGUAAGUUUUCUGUA